AUGAGAGAUAUUGUUUUUGAACUUCUGACCGGUGUGAAGACGAAGGAAAUCCCAGUUACUAGGGAUUUUAGUUCUAUUUUAGACGUUGUGAUUGAGGGACAUGACGUUGUGAUUGAGCGACAUGGUAGAGAAAAAGGGCUGAUGGACGAAGAAACUCUCAAGGAGGCUGUGAUGACCAAUCUUACUCUGAGUAAUGAGUAUUAUGAGUUAUUCAAGAAAAAGAACGAAGAAAAUCUCCUGGAGGUUGUGAUCAUGGGCAAUCUUUGCGUGAACAAAGCACAAGGGUUGAUGGAUAAUGAGGCUUCUGUGGAUAAACCCACCAUUGAUUCUCAAGGGCAGAAGGACGAAGAAACUCUCAAGAAGGCUGUGAUGGACAAUCUUACGAUGAAUACCGAGCAACAAUCGACGAAUGAGAUUAUUGUACAUCAACCGAUCUUGUGA